AUGCCUCCACCGCGCGGUACCGGUCUCCGGUUAAAUCUGGGAAGUAAUUUUCUAACGCAACGGAAAAUACAAGCCCGCCAGCGAUUGCGCCUAGCACGGCAUCAGCAGCAGCAGCAGCAACAACGAGCAUCCGGUUCCGGCACCGCUGGAGGUAGUGCGACACCUGCGGCGAGUGGGAAUCGACGCCCGAAGUACAACAUGUGGGUUUCGACGAACAAGGUGUUGAUUGGAUCGGUCGGUGGCCUCAAGAAAACCCACUGCCGCAAUCCAAACUUUGACUCGGAGGAAACCAAGCUGCUCAUCUCGCUCUGGGGUGACCCGCAGGUCCAGCGGACGCUCAUCACCACCCACAAGAAGCAUCCGGUCAUUGCGAAGCUGGCGGAGAAGAUGCGCGAGUACGGGUACAACCGGUCGACCGAGGAGAUCAAUACGCGCAUCAAGAAUCUCAAGUGUUUCUACAAUCGCAUCAAGAAGGACCUGGAAACGGGUGUCGCCACCGAAACGUCCUGGAAGCACUUCCAGGCCAUGGACGACAUAUUGACGCGGCCCGUCUUUGGUAACAAUCGGCGAGGAUCCGGUAGUGACGUCACCCCGGCCGAGCAAGUGGCCACAGGAGACCACCACCACCUGGUGGACUCGAUCGGGGUGAAGUUGGAGCUGGCAAGCGACGAGGAGAAGGAAUUGCGCGCGGUCGAGAUGCUGAUGCGGAACGCGGAACAGGUGGAACUGCGGGAACCGAAUUUGCUGAUACCGAAGGAUGAACCGAUGGAGAUGGAGGAAGAGGACGAUCCGAAUGAUCCGGACUUUGAGCAUGACGGCGGUAGUGAGACGGAUGAUGAAAGUUCCGGCAUGGAUGAGGCUGAUAAAAGUGAGCGAUCGACACGUUUCCGACGACGUACCAAAAGAGUCCACAAACCGAGUAGUAAAGCAGUUGCCGCAAAUGCCGCGGCCGCUGAAGGAGGUAGUGGAGAAGGACAGACAAGUGGUAAUCCAGCCAAUGCUAUGGCAAGAUCGUCCACCGCAACACUCCCAGCAGCAUCACCUGCCAGCACCACCAGCAAUACCCAGGCCGUACCGGUCCCGGGAACAAUCAAAAUCAUUAACUACAGUGGCGGCGCCAAAGUAAGCAUCUCCACCUCCACCAACAUGAGCGCCAGUACAGCGGCACCGGUAGUGACGGUAGCAGGUGCACCAACUCUCGGUGGAAUAACGACCCAGGCCGGAGGAGCCGCCGCAACCACGACAACCCAGAGCAAAAUAUCGCUUGUUCCGACAAACUUCCUGCUUAAGCCGCAGGCAUCGGGGAUGGGAUUCAAGCAACCGAUACAACUCUACACCAAACCAACGGUCACCAUCCAGGGAGCGAAACCACCGACCGGAUCAAGCCCCGCAAUACAACCGAUCGUCUCGGUGAGCAGUGGUCAUCCUACCAUUCAGCCAGCUGCCGGUGCGACACCCGGUACGACGACCGGACAACCGAUGAAGCUGUACCUGGUCAAUACGAUGCCAAAGGAUGGUUCGGCACCGAAGCAACAGCUGAUAGCACCACCGGGGGCCACAUCGCACCUCUACGGUGGUACCUCACCGGUGGCCAUCUCCAUGGCGAGCGGUAUUCCUGGUCUGCCGAAGAUCAGUAUCCAGCCCAAACCGCCGACGCUCAUGACGAAUGCUGCCGGCGGAUUGGCCAGUGCAACGUUGGCCGGUACGACGCGAAUUCUGCAAGCCAAACCGGCACCAGUCAGUGGUGUUGGUCCGGUGCGUGCUCCUCUCGGUAUGCCACCGAAAAUGGGUGGUUUCAAAGCGUUACUGAACCAGCUCGUUGGUCUUCAGCGGGAAAAUCUGACCAUCACCCGGACACGGUUAACGGCAGAAAAGGAGCGGUUAAGGAACGAAAAAUCCGUCGCCAACUCGGUGUUACAAGCGCUCGGUGAUCUAAACGACCUGCUAGUUGGCAUGAACGCGGAACUGGAAGCUGUCGGUGCGGUGGAAGGGAAGCCCGUGGACGGGAAGAGGUCACGCAUCCAGAUCACCGAUGUGCGGCACGAUCCGUCCCACCGUCGACCGUCGGUGAAUCCGGCGGACCAGCCAGGCAGUGGGGACGAGGAAAGCAUGAAAACCGAAAUAAUAAGUGACUCGGAGGAGGGCUAA